AUGAAGCAGUGUGAAGCAUUCGUCCUAGCUGUUCCGCCCAUACAGCUUGUGGUGAAGGACCUUGUUGAACUUCCCGCACAGACGAUGCUCGCCAAUCGCUGCCUCGAAGCUAUAGGUUGGGCUUUGGUGAAUCGCCAAAUAGGGAAGUUUUCGAGGCCUAAGGCAUGUCAUGGCCAAGGCCCAGCCAAGGCAGGAGCAGAAUUGCCAAGGCGAGAAGCAAGCAAGCCAAGACAAGGCACGGCCAAGGCAGCAGCAGGCCAGAGCGCUGGAGCUAUGGGGCUCGGCAUCGAUGGGAAGAAUGGAAGUCCAUCGAUGCCGAAGCACUUAAGAGGAUCAGUGCUAAGGCCUCGGCAUCGAUUGAUUCUUGGAAGACCUUUCUUAGCCACAGCGGAUGCAGUUAUCAACUGUCGAAACGGACUUCUCAAUAUGACCUUCGAAGAACAUGUGGAUGAGUUACUUUUCAGUGAUCCUUUGGAAGUUGCUCUUACAGCCAAAGAGGUCGAAUUUCUCGAGUCUUCUGUAGUGAGUUAUUUGAGUUCAUUGCUUAAUGAGGAAAAUGAAGCUUGUGCUAUAAAUUCUUGGACUCCAAAGUUUGAAGAGUUUGAGGAGCUACCACCAAUUGAGAAGAAGAUUCUCCCAUCUAGUGUUGAGCCACCAAAAUUGGAGUUGAAACCUCUACCUGAUACUUUGAAGUAUGUUUUUCUUGGAGACAACGAGACUUAUCCUGUGGUUAUUUCCUCUUCUCUUGGGAAUCUCCAAGAGAUGAAGUUGAUCAAUUCACUAAGAAGACACAUGAAGGCUAUAGGAUGGACAAUUGCUGAUAUCAAAGGGAUUGAUGCUACUCUUAGCUCUCACCAUAUUGCUUUGGAGGAUAGCGUCAAGCCGUCCCGCCAACCUCAACGUCGUUUGAACCCGAUUAUGAAGGAUGUAGUUCGUGCUAAAGUUUUGAAGCUCUUGGACGUGGGAAUCAUUUAUCCUAUCGCCGAUAGUAAAUGGGUGAACGUUCCGUUUGAAUGGACCCCUGCGUGUGAGCAAGCAUUUGUAAAGUUAAAGGCUAGUCUCACUUCUCCUCCUAUUGUGCAACCACCAGAUUGGAGCCUUCCGUUCGAGCUUAUGUGUGAUGCAAGUGAUUAUGCUGUAGGUGCUGUCUUAGGACAAAGGAAGGACAAGCAUCCGUAUGUUAUCCAUUAUGCAAAGUUCAAUUUAACUAUCAAGGACAAAAAGGGUGUCGAGAAUGUGGUAGCUGAUCAUUUAUCAAGGUUACAGUUCGAGGACCCUACUCCAAGUUUACCUAUUGUAGACACGUUUUCGGAUGAGCAAUUGUUUGCUGUUUCGAGUAUCCCAUGGUUUGCAGAUAUAGUGAAUUAUUUGGCUACGGGACUCUUACCGCCACAUUGGUCCCCUCAAGAACGUCGUCGGUUCCUUCAUGAAGUACGAAUGUUCUCUUAUGAUGACCCUUAUCUUUUCAAGUAUUGUCAAGAUCAAAUAGUGCGCCGUUGUGUUCCAGAUUCAGAUCAACGAAGAAUUCUUGAGUUUUGUCACUCAGAAGCUUGGGCGGUUGAUUAUCUUUCAAAAUGGGUAGAAGCCAUCGCAACACGUACCAAUGAUGCCAAGGUAGUGGUGGAGUUUCUCAAAGACAACAUUCUUUCACGUUUUGGGAUGCCGAGAGCAAUCAUAAGCGAUCAAGGAACUCAUUUUUGCAAUCGCAUUUUUGGGGCCUUGAUGAAGAAGUACGGUAUCACUCACAAGGUCUCCACUGCUUAUCAUCCUCAGACGAAUGGACAAGCUGAGUUGGCAAAUAGGGAAAUCAAGCACAUUUUGGAGAAGACGGUGAAUCCGAACCGGAAGGAUUGGAGUCUUCGUUUGACCGACACACUUUGGGCUUAUCGCACAGCUUACAAGACCAUCUUGGGGGCUUCACCGUAUCGUUUGGUUUUUGGAAAAGCAUGCCAUCUUCCGGUAGAGCUCGAGCACAAAGCAUAUUGGGCAAUCAAGACACUGAAUUAUCGUUUACUGGCCGCCGGAGCACACAGAAAGCUCCAACUCAACGAGCUUGAAGAAAUUCGGAGAGAUGCUUAUGACAACACCGCCAUUUAUAAAGCAAAAGUCAAGGCCUUCCACGACAAGCGAAUUCACCGGAAAGAGUUUAAAGUUGGACAAAAGGUACUCUUAUACAAUUCUAAGCUUCAUUUGUUUCCUGGUAAAUUACGUUCUCGUUGGGCGGGCCCUUAUGUUGUGGAACAUGUUUAUCCUCAUGGUGCUGUUGAUGUUGUGAAUCCGUUAAAUGUCGGCUACGGAAGGUACGUCGGCUACGAAAAGUACGUCGGUGGUCUGGCGGAGUAG